AACGAGUUCUUUCUGUUUUUAUUACAGCAGUUAACUACCCGCCAAAAUACUAUGAGUGACUCAUGUGAUGAAAACUGGCGACAUGCCAGUUUCUCUUUCUACCGAUACGUACCAGCUCUAGCUGCCGCCGUCAUUUUCUGCAUUCUCUUCUUUGCUUUCACCACAAUUCAUCUAUUCCAGAUGGUCAAGACAAAAACUUGGUACCUGACACCACUGGUUGUGGGAUGUCUUUUCGAAUUCAUCGGCUUCGCCGGUCGAGCGUCGUCGGGGUCCCAAAGCGCAGGCUGUUGGACAUUGACCCCUUAUCUCAUUCAGAGCAUGUUCAUAUUGCUUGCUCCUGCCCUAUUCGCUGCUUCCAUCUACAUGACUCUGGGCCGCAUCAUUCUCUUGGUUGAAGGAGAGGCACUCGCGCUGAUAAAACGACGGUGGCUUACAAAGAUAUUUGUUUCUGGAGAUGUCGUGUGCUUCUUUCUCCUUGCUGGGGGCGGCGGCAUCGUGGCAACGGCCAAAGACGACAAAACCAUGGCCGAUACGGGUAACGAUGUCAUCAUUGCGGGCUUGGCGAUGCAGCUUCUAUGGUUCGCCUUGUUCGUCCUUGCUGCAGCACUUUUCCACAAGCGCCUUGCAUCGACUCCGACCCCUCGUUCCUCACACCCAAACAUUCGCUGGCAAAGCUAUCUUAGCACCCUGUACGUGGCGAGCACCUUGAUUAUCAUUCGAUCCACGUUUCGCGUCGCCGAGUACGUGCAAGGCAACAACGGAUAUCUUCUGUCCAAUGAGGUAUUCCUGUACAUUUUCGACGCACUUCCCAUGUUUAUAGUUGUCGUUUGGCUGCACUGGAGACAUCCUGGAGAGAUUGGUCUGCUGCUGCGCGAUGAGAAGCCUGACACAAACGGACUGCGUCUCCUCCGCCUUCGUUCUACGCCUAAGGGCUCAACAGUCUAA